AUGAUCAAGAAUGUUGGACGAAUGGAAAAACAAGAAAUUGAUACAUUGGAACCUUAUCUUGAAAGACGUCAAGGUUUUAAUUGGUUACCACAAGCGAACGUUGAUAAUUUUGAUUCAUCUACUGCUGUUACAUCAAUUAAAUUAACACCAUCACAAGAAUUAGAUAGAAUACCCGAUUAUUUAAUCUGGUCUAUUGGCAAUUUUAUUUUAUUGUUUAUUCUAGGAAUUAUUUGUAUUAUAUUGUCUGUACGUGUUCGAGAACAUAAAGCGGAACGUGACUUUUAUAAAAAAAAAUUAGUUUUCUAUUACCGGAAAUUAUUACGGAAGAAGAAAGAUAUGUCUGGUUGGAUACAGUAUAACCAAGCAAAAAGGCUUGACAGUUUUCUUCCAACUACAACAGAAAAUGAGCCAUAUCACUCGCAUGAAUCGACUCAAAUACGUUUUAAUGAUUUAAUACAUCCUAAUGAUAAUAUAAGAUCAUCAUUCUCUAAUGCGGGACAACAACCACAAACAGCCUACACUAAUGCAGAAACACACGCAUCUACUGUUACUGCGGUUGUCAAUGAGAUUAAUAAGUAUCCAAAACAAAUUCAGAACAAUCAUUAUCAAGAAAAUGGUCACUCAUUAUUGUACGUAAAUAAAUCUCCAAUAGAUAAAUGUGUGUCAGAUAGCAAACACAAUGACGACAAUGAUAUAAUGUACAAAACAGAAUCUUAUCUUAAAUAUCGCGAUACAAUCGAACAUUCACAGCGAUUAAUAUUGAAUCAUUCAUCUGAUGAUGAUCAGAAUUACGAUGAAGAUCAAACAAAUCGAUUCUUUACUAGACAAAAUAAUAAUACAAUUGAAGAUAAUGAUGAACUAGAACGUGUAUUGUCUUCCGUUGAUUCUAUUCAUAAUUCAUUAAAUAAAUGUUUAUUAUUACCAUAUGAUAAAGUAUUUCCACUUCAAUAUUCAAGUAAUAACAGUUUGAUGGGCCGAUUUGGUGGUUUUACUGGUAGUGAAGAAAGCUGUGAUGAUGAUGAUAGUAGUGUAAUAUCCGAAAUCAAUGAACAAAAUGAUGUUAGAACUCAAAUGUCAAGUUUAUUUGAAAAUCGCUUUUCCGAUACGGACGAUGAUGAACUUGAUAAUACUCGGCCGGAACAAUAUGAUCAACCUCAAGUGUCUUAUCAUGACAGAGAUAAUGAUAAUUAUUUGAAAGCACUUCUGAAAGAUUAUUCAAAAGAAGAUAAGCAAAAUCCGAUUAAAUCUGAGAAACAUCAUUAUAACAGAUACGACAGCGGUUAUUCUUCACAAAAUUUUUCCUUUUACAACUAUAUUCAAAAUGAAACUGACAAAGAAAUGAAUAAAUCAUCUUUUGUUCCAUCACGAACAAAAGCAAAUGUCUGCUUACCAAAACGACAAUAUCCAUUUAAAAAAUUGACAUAUACAAGAAUAUCUUUAGAAGAAGUUAUGCAACAUUUAAAUAAAUUUUUAAACAAUUGA